AUGCCCCCGAAGCCAUUUAAGCCCUACGGCUCCCCGCCUCCGUUCGAUUUUGACGAAUAUAAGGACGCCUUUGAGCUCUGGCAGCGCCAGUGGACUAUAUUUUUGGCCUUAUCUACCAUCGAUACAGCCCUUCCCCAAGCGGACCGCGUGUCCUAUAAGGCAAAUAUCCUGCUGUCCUGCUUAUCGAAGCCUACUUUACAGGCCAUCUGCACGAUGGGCUUGUCUGAUAUCGAACUUGGUGACCCCGAUAUUAUCAUCGGCAAACUUCGUGAACGGUGUAACGCUGGGGGGAAUUGCCACGUUUGGCGCCAACAAUUUGCCCUUCGUAUCCAACGUGAAAAAGAAUCGGUAGACAGUUGGGUUUGCGAGCUGCGCGAUCUCGCACAAAAAUGCGAAUUCAACACGGAUUGCUGCAACAAAUGCCAGGACACCCGGUUGUUGGGCCAAAUCAUUUACGGCGUCCACAGUGAUGAAGUUCGGCGUAAGUUGUUGCAGGAAGGCGCUACACUAUCCCUCAACAACGCUUUAACAACACUGCGCACGGCCGAAGCAACACUAAUGCAGGCAGCUAACCUGCGGCAAAACGAUCCACCAUCUAUCCAGCAAAUCAAAAACAAUACCGCCAAAACCGACUCAAAGUCCGCUGAUCGUUCCCCGCACCCAGCUUUCCAACGCAACUUCCGGCGUGGCCCACCAGCAGGUGCCCCACCACACGGAUUUUGGAACUGCGGAGCCGAUUCGUUCCACCCAAAGUCUGAAUGCCCAGCCAAUGGAAAAGAAUGUGGUGGUUGUGGCAUAAUAGGUCAUUUUCAAAAAGUCUGCUCACGAAAAUCUUCGAAACCCGAGACAGCGGGAAGUAUCGUCAUCGGAUCCAUUUUACCAGGGGAACUUAUUGAAACCAGCGUCUCGCCCGCCGACAGCGACACGCCCACAGCAGUGCUCUUCCUGCCCGACACGGGCGCCUCGAUUGAUGCCGCAACCAUCAGCGUAGGACCUGUCAACGGAGGCACGCCAGUACUUACCACCAUUCACGUUUCUAAAAAUUUCCAGCAACCAGUUCUAUCAAAAGAAACGCAGGUUCAGCAAAUCACAGCCCAUCCUACGGAUUUAGAGAAAGCUAAUAAGCUGAAAUAUUUAAUGGCUGCCCAUCCCCUCAUCUUCGACGGUGUAUGUCGCCCCAUGGUAGGCCCUCCCUGCCACUUCCAGUUAGCCGACGGUGCCAUACCAUCCGCGAUGAGAGGUUCGCGACCAGUCUCCGUCCCGUUGCUCCCAAAACUCAAAACAGAGCUGGAUUCGCUCGAGGAGCAACAAAUCAUCUGCAAGGUCACCGAGCCGACAGCAUGGGUCCACCCUAUGGUCAUCGCUCCGAAAAAGGACGGCAGCAUACGCGUAUGUGUCGAUUUUACCCCCCUUAACGCCUUCAUCGUCCGACCAACAUUCGAAACUGCCACCCCGUUCCAGGCCGUCCGCUCGAUUCCGGCCGGGAUGCGCUUUUUCACCGUCAUCGACGCGUUAAAAGGAUACCACCAGGUGCCAUUAGACGACGAGUCAGCGACGAUGACCACCUUCUCAACCCCGUUCGGCCGCUACAUGUACCGCCGGUUGCCUUUCGGUGUUUGCCACGCCGGUGAUGACUACAGCCGACGCGUUUCGGCUGUAUUCGAUGAUAUUCCAAAUUGCCGUCGGAUAAUUGAAGACAUCCUCAUAUUCUCCGAGACAUACGAGGAGCACAUUUCUCUCGUCCAACAAGUGUUCCAGCGCGCUGCCGACAACCAAAUCGCCAUCAACACCGGUAAAAUCCAAUUUGCCCAGCCGUCCGUUCUGUUCGGCGGCUAUAUCCUGAGCAACACCGGCUUCCAGCCGAACUCUAAUCGGCCAUCAGUCGAUUUCCUACCCCCACCAACAUCACGGAGAUGA